AUGUCAUCCUCAGAAAGUGAGCGUAACAGAAAUACCGACGUCCGUCACAUCUACAUUUCUGGGGGAGGAACAGAACAAAAGACCAGAUUCUGCUCUAAUAGAAUCAGUACUUGUAAAUACAACCCCGCAUCGUUUCUUCCCCGAUUUUUAUAUGAGCAGUUUCGUCGAUAUAAUAAUAUAUUCUUCUUGACGAUAGCCUUACUUCAGCAAAUUCCUGAUGUUAGUCCUACUGGAAGGUAUACAACCGCUGUGCCCUUUAUGAUUAUUCUGUCCGUAUCAGCUAUUAAAGAAAUUUUUGAAGAUAUUAAAAGGCGGCGAGCUGAUCAUAAAGUUAACUCUUUUAACACGUUGAUAUUGAAGGACAAGGCGUGGCAAACUCGACCAUGGAGAGAUAUUAGAGUCGGAGAUUUAAUUCGAGUGGAUAAUGAUCAAAUGUUCCCUGCUGAUUUGCUCUUGAUUUCGUCGAGUGAACCGCAAAGCAUGUGUUACAUUGAAACCUCUAAUCUAGAUGGAGAGACCAACCUAAAAAUUAAGCAGGCGUUGCCUACCACUUCCUCGCUGGUUACACUAGACAAACUAGUUGAAUUUGAGGCUAAAAUAGAGUGUGAGCUUCCAAGUCGGCAUGUGAACGAGUUCAGUGGUAAUCUGAUCACGGAUGAGCCCCGGCCAUUCGGAAUCGAUCAGUUGCUACUUCGAGGAGCUCGGUUGAAAAAUACACCAUGGAUCUUUGGUGCCGUUAUAUAUACUGGACAUGACUCCAAACUUAUGAUGAAUUCAAAAACGGCACCCUUGAAGAACGGGACUGUCGAUAGGAAGACAAACUUACGCAUCAUCUUUCUGUUCUUCGUCCUAGUUGGUUUAGCCUGUAUCAGUGCAGUAGGUGCUGAGUUUUGGAGGAGCUCUCAUUUGCCACAAGCUUGGUACAUCUCCUUUUUACAACAUGACGCUAGGACGUCGUUUCUAUGGCAUGUUUUGACGUUUUUCAUCCUCUAUAACAAUUUGAUUCCUAUCAGUUUACAAGUCACCCUCGAGAUAGUCCGAUUCUUCCAAGCUGGAUACAUCAAUGUAGACCGAGAGAUGUAUGACGCGAACAGUGACUCGUGCGCCAUUGCUCGGACAUCGAAUCUGAACGAAGAGUUAGGAUUGGUUAAAUUUGUGAUGAGCGACAAGACGGGGACCUUAACAAGAAAUGUGAUGAAAUUCAAACGUGUCUCUGUUGCCGGAAGAAUUUUUGGUGACAACGAAACUGAUGAGUUCAACGAUGAAGACCUAAUCGAUGAAUACCGAGAUGCGCCUGAAGGUGUGAACGGAGUACAAAUCAAAGAGUUGUUGACUAUGAUGGCUGUUUGUCAUACGGUCGUGCCGGAGGAGAAGGAUGGAGAGUUGUCAUAUCAAUGUUCGUCACCUGACGAAGGCGCUUUGGUUCGUGGAGCAGCUAGUCAAGGAUUCGUUUUCCAUACACGCAAACCGCAAGAAGUGAUACUGUCUGUGUUAGAUGAAGACGAAACAUAUCAAGUACUUGAUGUUAUCGACUUCACGAGUGAUAGGAAGAGAAUGAGUGUUGUGGUACGGGAUCCUUCAGGUCGCAUCAAGCUGUACACGAAAGGAGCAGACACCGUUAUAUUCGAACGUUUGGUUGAAGGCUCUGAGGGAGACAUCGAUUUAUGUCAUGCGCAUCUUGAAGACUUUGCUUCGUACGGUUAUCGCACACUGUGCUUCGCUAUGCGCGUGCUCGAAGAGGAAGAGUAUCGUAAUUGGUCGAAGGAAUACCGUGCCGCCGGAAUCCUCAUAGAAGGCCGCCAGAAGGCGUUGGCAGAAGCAGCGGAAAAAAUCGAAGUGAGAAUGAAACUGGUCGGAGCAACCGCCAUUGAGGACAAACUCCAAGAAUUCGUUCCGGAAACGGUACAGGCAUUGAUGGCUGCCGAUAUGCGUGUUUGGAUGCUAACUGGAGAUAAAAGGGAAACUGCCAUCAAUAUUGCUCACUCAUGCGCUUUGUGCCAUCAAAAUACGGAACUUUUAAUAGUAGAUAAGGAUUCGUAUGAAGAUACGUACACGAAGUUGGUGCAGCUGGCCAAUCGCGCGAAACAACUCGACAAGGACCGGAAAGAAUUCGCUAUGAUUAUUGACGGAAAGUCGUUGGUUCAUGCGUUGGUUGGUGAAUGUCGACCGUAUUUCGGUGAGCUGGCAAUGAAAUGUCGCGCCGUUGUCUGUUGCCGAAUGAGUCCGAUGCAAAAGGCUGAGGUAGUCGAGAUGGUGCGGAACCUCGGAGAUCACGUUGUAAUGGCUGUUGGCGAUGGUGCUAACGAUGUUGCAAUGAUUCAGGCUGCCAAUGUCGGUAUUGGAAUUUCCGGAGAAGAAGGACUGCAGGCCGCAUCAGCUUCAGAUUACGCGAUUCCUCGAUUCCACUUCUUGAGACGAUUAUUAUUAGUCCAUGGUGCUUGGAAUCAUGAUCGAUCCGUGAAAGUUAUACUCUACAGCUUUUACAAAAAUAUUUGCCUCUACAUAAUCGAAUUGUGGUUUGCGAUCUUUUCCGCAUGGUCUGGUCAAACGAUAUUCGAACGAUGGACAAUCGGGCUGUUUAAUGUUGUCUUUACGGCAUGGCCGCCAGUUGUUCUUGGGUUGUUUGAUCGCCCAGUCGACGCGGACAUCAUGAUGCGGCAUCCUGCACUCUAUCACAGUUUUCAGAAGCGCUCGUUUUCCUUAUGGCAAUUUUUCCUCUGGAUCGGCAUGGCUCUUGUACAUUCCCUCUCGUUAUUCUUCCUUUCCUACGGAUUUUUGCACACGAUUGUUUGGAGCACUGGUAGAGAUGGUGGAUGGCUUAUGUUCGGAAACAGCGCGUACACGUUUGUGGUUGUAACGGUAUGUCUGAAAGCACUACUCGAGUGUGAUUCAUGGACAUGGCCAGUUGUAGCAGCUUGUCUGGGCUCAAUCCUCCUUUGGUUACUUUUCCUGCCCUUCUACUCUGUGGUGUUUCCCACAAUAACUUCGCGACUCGGCGGAGAAAUGGCUGGUAUGGCAUGGAUUAUGAUGUCUUCAUCAUCAUUUUGGUGUGCUCUGUUAUUCGUUCCAUGUGCCACUUUGAUUUGGGAUCUCGUCAUCAAGAGGUGA